AAUGUUUUAAAAGUUUCGGUACAAUGUGCUAAAUUCAGUGGCAAGGUUGUUAAUGCUUGUUGUCUGAAAAUUUCACGUAUGUAGGAUAGUGGCGUUUUACUGUAUUUAAACUACUGGAAAUUUGUUUGUGACUGUAUCUUUUCACACGAAGGUGGGAAAUUAUUGCGCAUUCAAUUUGGAAAUAUAUAAGCUGUGCUCUAAAAUGAAUAAUAUAUUGUCAUACAUACUAUGCUUCUGCGUAUCAUCGGGAAUCCUUUUUAUUCUCUCAGGCUAAUUGCUAAUAGAAAAUAUACUUCAUCAGCUAAAAUUCCCGAAUAUUUGUUGGACAGAACUGUGAAACCUGAAGAAGUUUUGGAUCGUCUUACUCCAUAUGAUGCCGAAAGACUUGAAUUUUGUAUGACGGAAUACCGUACUAUGCUUGAACAAGGUGCUAGUGUUCCCAAGUCUCUGAGCAAAAAAAACAUUUUGGACUUGUUGUGCUGCACCAGCUUUACAUCCCGAGCUAACUUUCUGAAAUUCCUGUUCAAGUGUGAAAAGCGCGAGGAAAACGCCUUACGUAAAAAGGCAGAAAAGGCGUCUUUAUAUACCGUGAAUGACAAUAUAUUGUAUUUUAUAUGAUAAGGUCGCGCCUAUAAUUCCGAAGAAACCUGCAUCUUCUGACCGUAUUUUGCGCAUGAUUGAUGAAAAAUACGUUCGUUUACACUGGGAUUUUUGGCAAGCAUCUGAAAUUCGAUGUCCGGAUUCCGCUCAGAACCUACUGUUUGAUUUUUCUUAUGAAUCUGAGAUGAGGCUGGUUGAUAUAAAAUCUCUUGCUAAUCAAAUGACGUAUGUAGUAAACAGAAAUCGUAUAAUGCGACCGCAUCCAUUUCACAUGGUACUUUGCGGUUUAAAACAGGGGACAAACCAGUUCGCCUUUAUGGAAGAAGCUUUCGGCGUAAAUGCUAAGGGAUCAAGUGUUGAAAGCCUUUAUAGUCUUCCUUGGUCAAUUACUCCUGAUCACUUUUCAAAAGCAUUUCCCAUACAUAGUCAGGAGCAGCCUGUGAUAUUAUUAUCACCAAACGCUCGCCGUACUUUCGAAGCUGGAGAAUAUGAUCAUACUGCAGCCUACGUAAUUGGUGCAGUAGUUGAUAAGGCCAUUCGAAGGCCAAUAUCUUCUGCAAUAGCAAGACAGCUAGGCAUCAAAUGUGUCAGUUUACCUCUGGAUCGCUAUUUGAAAUGGGGAAGUGGCAAAAGCAAAACACUGUCCAUAAACUGUAUACAUGGGAUAAUGGCUACAGCAAAGGAAACUAAUGGAGAUUGGAGGACAGCUCUAAUUGAAAAUAUUCCUACUCGGUUCUACUCUUCACCAUCAAAGACAAAAUCUUCUUUAAUUUAUAGAAAUUUAUAAGAUUGUUAUUCUGGUAUUCAUAUUUGUAUAUCAUUCAGUCAUACAAACUGUUUAAAAAGUGAAAAUCAGUUUUUCUACAUUAGGACGGUCUUUUGCUUGGAAGGGUGGCAAAAGCUUUCGCCUAAUUGUUUGUUGAGUAGUGAUUUUUGUCUUAUGCUACCUUUCAUAAAUAACAUUUUGGGAGACCUGAAACUUAAUGUAAAUAGAUAUAUGUGUGCAAAACGCAGGUACAGUGAUAUUAACUCAUCAGGUUGUUUUCAUUUAUGUACUCUAAUCAUACCUGAGCACUCGGCGAACAUAAUGCAGACAUUACAUCAGAAGGUAAUUGAGGUCUUUAUAAAAACCAUACUCUUGUUCAAGCUAUUUACAAACACAAACUUAUCAUGGGAACCUUAUGAAUGUCUUAUUGUAGUACUGGAUGAAGUACUUUUAAGAGCCCUCCGGGAAAAACUGGCACGUCAAAUGGUAGGUAGUUUCCAGUCUUCUUAAAAUGUCCUCAAUUGUAAUAUCCCCCUAGCCUCCGUCAGCUAAGUGCUUCCCAUCCUGUUUUCACUGAGCACUGACGUGUGCUUACGAAAGUAAGAAAGCAGGAAUGUAACUCCUUAAGGAGCACCGUUUCUAUGCCUAUAGCUAAACAUCCAUUUUUUAAUAUUAAAACGGAUGACAUAAGAAUAAAACUUGGGCGCUAUGGUAGAGUUGUAGUGACCCGUUUUAUUACUCAUAAUCGUACUAUACUUUCAUUGUGUAAUUGUACUUUCAUUUAUUUAUCACUCUAAAUCUUGCAUGUUAACAAUUGAUACUUUUUGUACUCGCUCGAUUUUUGAAUUGUUGAUUGCUGCAACAAUACACUAUCGUAUUCCUUCGCAAGUGCCUUUUGAAUUACGUUGCGGAUGUCGAGUAAUCGCAACGUUAGGGCACAAUUGUAAACGCG